GAUUUGUUUACAAUAUGCCGCGUGUGUGUAUAUGAUAAGGAAAACAUAUUACGUGUAGUGGACAUACUUUCUCUUUUUGCCAUGAGGGUUCUCCUCGAUCUCAGUACAUCUUGGUUACUGAUAAGCGACCAGGUUAUUGGGAACUGUUUUUAUUUUCUAUCAAUGAAUCGUAAAAAAUAGUUAGUUCAAGUGCCUCUACGAUUUACGUAGGACAUGUGGCUGUUGCAUCACAACUACCGAUCAUCACAGGCAAUACCAUACUUAAAACACGCGCGUCAUUUUAUUACCUGUUCGUCAAUUAGUUUCAAUUGUGGCCGCACUCAACCGUAGUCGUAAAAUGGUACUCGGAACAACAGCACGUGCUGCAGCUACGUCUCCUGACGUUUCCGUUGCUGGUAAACCUUCGCCGAAGAUUCAGGAGACAUCUGGAUGGCAGCAAUCAAUAAUUGGACCUGCAAAAUCGACCGAGGAAAGCUAUGAAAAUGCUGUUACUGUUUUAAAUUCGUUACAAUCAAAUUACAAUGUAGUUCAAAAUUCGGUCAGCAGGUUGCAUACCUCAGAUUCGAUUCAUAUUCAAGAAACGGUCAAAUUUCUAGGCAGAAUUGGCAUUUCUCUCGACCAACUCGAUCAACUUCCUGUGAUUCAUGUUUCUGGAACAAAGGGUAAGGGUUCCACCUGUUCGUUGGUAGAGUCUAUACUGCGGGCUCAUGGCUAUCGAACUGGUUUUUUUAGCUCUCCGCAUUUGAUUUCUGUCACAGAACGGAUACGACUGGACGGAGUGCCGAUUGAAAAGGGGAAAUUUGAACUUUAUUUUUGGAAAGUAUACAACCAGCUUCUCAUGCAACGCUCUCAUCCACGGGAUUUACCAGCCUAUUUCAAUUAUUUGACGAUACUUGCCUUCGAUAUUUUUCUGCGAGAAAAAGUAGACGUUGCUAUUAUUGAGGUGGGUAUUGGUGGUAAAUAUGAUUGCACAAACGUGCUCCGGGGGACCAAAACGGUCGGUAUUACUUCACUUGGCUUGGAACAUACAAAUUUACUCGGCAAUACAUUAGAAGAGAUUGCAUGGCAAAAAGCUGGCAUCAUUAAGAAUGAUUCAGACACCUUUACAGUUCGGCAACCGAAUCAUUGCCUAGAGGUGAUACAAGCGGAAUGCCAGAAAAUGAAAGCUAGGCUUCAUUUGGCGCCAGAUAUCGAGUCCUAUCAAUGGCAGCGAAAACCAAUGUUUAAUUCUGACAAUCUAGCCUUCCGGUUGAAUAUUUCUCUCGCUGUUCAAAUAGCUCUUAAUUGGAUUGGCAAAACUCGACCGGACAUUACUUUCACCAAAAAUGGCAUGUUAUCAGAAAAGUUUAGCAACGGUAUUGAAAACUGCUUUUGGCCCGGACGGUGUCACGAAAUUCGCAAGGAGAAUAAACGAAUAUUUUUGGACGGUGCUCAUACAGCUGAAAGUAUGGAAAUUUGUGCUCGCUGGUUUCAAUCAUGUCAAAGAAAAUGUAACCCAAAGCUCCUGAUAUUUAACGCAACUGGGGAUCGUGACAGCUAUAAACUUUUGAAUAUUCUAAACAAGUACAUUCAAUUUGAUGGAGUGUUUUUCGUACCAAAUGUAGCUUCACAGAAAAUUAAAAAUAUUGAUUCUGUUAAUUUAAAUUUUCCAAAAGAUCAACAAAUGAAACGCUGCGAGGAAAAUGCACGCCUCUGGAAUGACUUGAAAAAUCAUAAACAGGCACAUUGCGAAGCGUAUGUGCAUCCCGCAAUUGAUUCAAUACUGGAACAAAUUGAUAACAAUUAUUCAACGCUUCAAGAAUGUGAUAUUUUAGUUACUGGAUCAUUACAUCUGAUUGGGGCUGCUGUGACGGCGUUAAACAUGGAGUCGUAUGUGCUUUCUGCUACGUAGAAUGUAUAAAAAAUUAUCAUUGCGCUUUUCGCGUCAGAUGUAUGAAACGUUACACAAGUAAAUAUAUUUUUUACAAUUA